AUGGACUAUCUGGCUGAUUUGGUGAACCUGGGAUACUUCCAGCAAGUUGAAAGCAAAGACUCCCCUUUAGGCAGUCAAAAUUCAUAUGUUGUGUCUGGUCUAAUGCAUGAUUUUGCAAGGAUGGUUUCUAGAGCCGAGUGUGGAAUUGUUGAUGGUCUGCAAUGUAAUGACAUGUUGCCCACUGUACAACAUUUGGCGGUUGUAUACAGGAAAGAUCAGCAUAGGAACAUGUCUUGUACCAGCAAGUUUGAAGAUGAUUUGAGAAAUGCAGUUACAUCCGUGAGAAAACUGAGGACAUUGCUGUUAAUUGGGCAAUAUGACUGUUCCUUCUUCCAAUCCUUCAAAGACAUAUUCCAGAAGGCACGUGAUAUACGUCUUCUGCAAAUAUCUGCUACAUUUGCAGAUUUUAAUUCCCUCGCGUGCAGCUCUAUAAAUCCUACUCAUCUUCGCUAUCUAACACUUACAGUCAAUGAGGUGCAGGGAGAUUUGCCUCAGGUUUUCAGAAAUUUUUGCCACCUUCAAGUAUUAGAUGUCGGGUCAAACACUCAUCUUAAUGUACCUUAUGGCAUGAAUAAUCUUGUCAGCUUAAGGCAUCUUGUUGCAGCUCCCAUUUCUAGAAUUGGCACAUUGACCUCACUUCAGAAGCUAAGCAAUUUCAGCAUACAAGAUUCUGAUGGCUUUCAGAUUAUAGAACUUCAAUCCAUGAACGAUCUUGUCCAACUUGGGAUUUCCCAACUUCAAAAUGUUAAAACUCGGGAGGAGGCUCACCGUGCUGGACUGCAAGACAAAUGGCACUUAGAAAAGCUGUACUUGUCCUGGAAAGACAUCAUGUCAUAUGUUGAAUAUGACUUGGAUGACAGUGAUGAAUAUCUCAGUAGCAUGCCCUAUGAACCUUCUACCAUCAUAGAAAUAGAGUGUUUGCUAACAGAGGUGCAUGUGGGUCCUGAAAGUUCUAGCAGCGGUGUGGAAAUGGAGGAGCGCUUGCUAACGCAGGUGCACGAGAUUCCUGAAGCUUGUACCAGUACAGAAAUGGAGGAGCACUCGCCAGCAGAGGUUCUUGAGGGUCUUAGACCAUACAAAAAUCUAAAGCAUCUUCGGAUAUCUGAGUACACUGGUGCUACCUCUCCAUCUUGGCUUGCCAGCAAUGCCCCAGUUACCUCUUUACAGACGCUUCAUUUAGAAAACUGUGGAGAAUGGCAGAUACUUCCAUCUCUUGAAGGGCUUCCGUUUCUUGCAAACUUAAGCUUGAGCAACAUGCCAAAAGUAAAAGAAGUAUCCAUUCCUUCGUUGGAGGAGUUGGUGUUAAUUAAAAUGCCAAAGUUGGAGAGAUGCUCCUGCAUUUCCUUGAAUGACUUGAACUCUUGUUUAAGGGCUCUUAUAAUUCAGAACUGCCCUGCACUGAAGGUGUUUGAUCUGUUCGGGAACGGCCAUAAAUUCAAAAUUGAGCAGAAUUCAUGGUUGCCACGUCUUUGUGAACUUACUCUAAAGAACUGUCAUAUUUUGGUGGUACCACACCCUUUACCAUCCUCAAGUACUGCUUGUCGUAUUUCCAUGAGCAGAGUCCCGAAAUUUCCAAGAAUAGAGGUAUCGUCCAGCGGAAGUUUAACCAUCGGCGAAGAUUUUGAUGACUAUGAUUAUGAUUAUGAUCUUCCUUUUGACAAGUUAUCUGAUGAGCUGUUCGUGUUAGAUGGAAAUGUUUUGGCAUUCCAUAAUCUAAGAUUCCUGACACAGUUGAUAAUAUGUGGUUGCCGAAAACUAACGUCUAUUUCACUCAAAGGAUUAAGUCAGCUUGAAUCCUUAAAGACACUGAAAAUAACGUACUGUCCCGGGCUUUCCGGUUUCGAUGCUCCAUUAGAGCAUGCCCUCCCAUCACUCAAAUAUCUAGGUAUUGGGUCAUGCGGAAUAGCGUGGGAGUGGCUAUCUCUGAUUCUGCAACAUGCGCCAGCACUGACGGAAUUGGAUUUAUGGUACUGCCCAAAUUUGGAAUCACUACAACUGAACUCCUGCACGGCACUGGAAAAGUUGCACGUAUGUACAUGUAAAUCGCUUGGCACACUAGAUGUCUUUCAAUCCCGUUCCCUCAGGAAUAUGGAAUUAUCUGAUGUCCCAAAUUUGGAAUCUCUACAACUGAACUCCUGCACGGCACUGGAAAAGCUGAAAGUAUAUUCAUGUGAAUCGCUUGGCACACUAGAUGUCUUUCAAUCCCGUUCCCUCAGGAAUAUGGAAUUAUCUGAUGUCCCAAAUUUGGAAUCUCUACAACUGAACUCCUGCACGGCACUGGAAAAGCUGAAAGUAUAUUCAUGUGAAUCGCUUGGCACACUAGAUGUCUUUCAAUCCCGUUCCCUCAGGAAUAUGGAAUUAUUUAAGGUCCCAAAAUUGAAAUCCUUAGAACUGAACUUUUGCACGGCACUGGAAAAGUUGAAGGUCCGUGGAUGUGAAUCGCUUGGCGCACUAGAUGUCUUGCAAUCCCGUUCCCUCAGGGAUAUGGAAGUAGUGCGUCUCCCAAGAUUGAAAUCCCUACAGCUGCACUCUUGCACGGCACUGGAAGAGUUGGCCAUCCGUGAAACUGCAGUCUGUGUGCUAGAGGGCUCGCAAUCACUCAGGAAGUUGGAAUUCUACAGCAACCAGGAUUUGAAAUCUCUACAGCUGCACUCGUGCGUGUUACUGGAACAGUUGGGUAUUUGGAGCUGUACAUCACUCUCUACACUAGAGGGAUUUCAGUCACUUGGUAGCCUCACGCAUUUGUAUCUAUAUGAUUGCCCUGGCUUGCAUUCAUGUUUGGAGGGUUUGCCAGUGCAGGGCUACGAAUUAUGCCUUCAACUGGAAUUUCUUGAAAUCAAUGACUUCUCUUUCCUUGCCACACCAUUCUGCAAGCAACUCAAAUCACUCCAGCACCUAGUUAUUUGUGGUUUCCAUGGAGAAACAAAAGCACCAGGACUAACAGAUGAGCAAGAGACAGGGCUUCUGCUCCUCGGUUCCCUCACACAGCUCCAAUUUGCGCAUUACGAGCAUCUCAAAUAUAUUCCUGCAGGCCUGUACAGACUUCGCUCCCUCCGUGUGUUGGAGAUUUCAUUUUGUCCGAGCAUCUCAAGGUUGCCGGACCUCCCGCCUUCUCUAGAGGAGUUGAGCAUCCUCCGCGGCAGUGAGGAGCUGGCAGGUCAAUCCAAAUCACUAGCAUCAAGCAAGUUAAAGGUCGAAAUUGACCACCAAUAUGUGCACUGAUUAUUAGGUGGCUUGUUAAGCACACCUGCACAACAGAUAUACACCUCCUCGUUGUACCCUUUUACUGCCUUUGAGUUCCUCGACAGGUUUGCUUUCACAUGAGAACCUCAUCCGAGGUUUUCAGGGUUUGCAUGAGGCUUUGAGGGCCCGCGCGGGGAGGCAUGAUCCACCAUCAGUUUACGGUAAAAGUCGGCCAAUGGGGAGGUGAUUUUUUUUACGGCGACGUGGAUAGGCUGGCUGCGCGUUCGCGCAGCUCUUUCCUGGGAGAAUAUGUGACUGGUUGUGCCUGUACCUGCACAAAGGAUAUCGAUGUAUUGCUUCUACUCCCUCGGAUUCUACCUUAGAUCAUGUUAUGUACAGAAUUGACAUACUGAAGUGCUAUUUUUUUUCUGUAAAUAUCAAAAACUGUCCAUAUGCCAGUGCUUGGACAGGUUUGCCUUUUCACUUCAGAACCUCAUCCAUCCUCAUGUGAUCGACUUUGCUGCCAUGUCAACUACUCCCUCAGUUCCUAAAUAUAAGUCUUUUUAGAGAUUCCACUAUUAAA